UAUCGAUAGUGUAUUGGUCAGAAAACGGCGCGAACGCGUAGAGAGAGUAUUAUUAUUGCUACAAUAUCAAAUAAUCUGUAAAAUUAUAUUAGAUUAACAUGUCUGAAAACAACGGUACGGUUGUGCGCAUGCCAUGGGUGGAAAAAUACCGGCCCAGCUGCUUGGAUGAUUUAAUAUCGCACGAGGAAAUAAUUUCUACCAUCAAUCGUUUCAUUAAUCAGAAGCAGCUGCCACACUUGCUCUUUUAUGGACCACCUGGAACAGGUAAAACAAGCACCAUUCUUGCCUGUGCCCGUCAACUUUACUCAGCCGCACAUUUCAAAUCAAUGGUGUUGGAACUGAAUGCGUCUGAUGAUCGAGGAAUUGGCAUUGUUCGCGGUCAAAUACUUAACUUUGCUUCCACACGCACAAUAUUCUGUGGAACUUUCAAGCUGAUCAUCUUGGAUGAGGCGGAUGCCAUGACCAACGACGCACAGAAUGCCCUACGCCGCAUCAUUGAGAAGUAUACGGAAAACGUGCGCUUCUGCAUCAUUUGCAACUAUCUCAGCAAAAUCAUACCAGCACUUCAAUCUCGAUGCACGCGCUUCCGUUUUGCUCCCCUGUCAACGGAACAGAUGCUGCCGCGUCUCAAUAAGAUUGUUCAAGAAGAGAACGUAAAUGUUACGGAAGAUGGCAAGAACGCGCUAGUGACUCUAUCCAAAGGCGAUAUGCGAAAGGUGCUGAAUGUCUUACAGAGCACUUCAAUGGCUUUCGACAUAGUCAAUGAGGACAAUGUGUACAUGUGUGUGGGAUAUCCUUUAAGGAGCGAAAUUGAGCAUAUGCUACAAACAUUGCUUUCUGCCGCCACAUUUGAGUCUGCGUUUGACACAAUUGAGGAAGGUAAGAGUAGGCGGGGCCUGGCAUUGGAGGAUAUUGUUACAGAAUUGCACCUAUUUAUCAUGAGACUUGAGUUGCCCAUGUCGGUGAUGAAUAAACUGAUCGUGAAGCUGGCACAAGUCGAAGAAAGAUUAUCCAAAGGCUGCUCUGAGAUCGCCCAAACUGCAGCCCUGGUGUCUGCCUUCUUUAUAAGCCGUGAUAUGGUUUCAUUGGAGAGCUAGAUCGGCUAAAACAAUUCCCCAUAAUAGGUAGUAUUUAGGUUUUAAGACAUUGCAUUUAUGGAUCUUGAGCUACAAUAUAUAAAUUCAUGCGGAAUACCUCUCAUAUCUGGUUUAAAGCAACAAUGUUCUGUCGAAAUAAUAUAUAAUAAAUGGUUACAAUUUUAAUUAUUUUUAAAA